AUGUUCUUUCUGUCCCCGAGCGCGCACCCGGAGCAGGACGCGCUGUCUCGUACGUGCGCGUCUGCAGCGGUGCCUCUUGUCACGUCCGCCGCUCUGAGCUCGACACUGCUGCUGUCUGCUUUCAGCAUGCCGCUCCCUCGCAGCCUGUCCGUCACCUCCCUGCCAGGGAUGGAGGACUGGGACGAAGACUUUGAUUUGGAGGAUGCCGUUCUUUUUGAAAUCGCCUGGGAGGUCGCCAACAAAGUUGGAGGCAUCUACACGGUGAUCCAAACCAAGGCCCGGCUGACCGCAGAGGAAUGGGGAGAGAACUAUUUUUUGGUGGGGCCCUAUGUGGAGAGCAACGUACGCACACAGGUGGAGCUGAUCGAGCCCACCAACCCGGUAUUGAAGAGGACCAUUGACCGAAUGAACUCCAGUGGAUGUAAGCUCUACUUUGGUCGCUGGCUCAUUGAGGGCAGUCCUUAUGUAAUCCUGAUUGAUGUGGGAUUCACGGCCUGGUCUCUGGACAGCUGGAAGAGCGAGCUCUGGGAGACCUGUUCCAUCGGGGUGCCGUGGUUCGACCGAGAGGCCAACGACGCGGUGCUCUUCGGCUUCCUCACAGCCUGGUUUCUUGGCGAGUACGCAGCCCAGUCUGAGGAGCCGCCUCACAUCGUGGCUCACUUCCACGAGUGGUUGGCAGGUGUGGGCAUCGUUUUGGCUCGACGAAGGCAGCUUCCUGUGGCAACCAUCUUCACUACGCACGCCACACUGCUGGGAAGAUACCUGUGCGCUGGAAAUGUGGACUUCUAUAACAAUCUGUCAGAGUUCAAUCUGGACAAAGAGGCUGGUGACAGACAGAUCUACCACCGGUACUGCAUCGAGAGGGCAGCUGCUCAUUGCGCUCACGUUUUCACCACUGUGUCAAAGAUCACUGCCAUAGAAGCCGAGCACUUACUCAAGAGGAAGCCAGACAUCAUCACUCCAAAUGGACUCAACGUGAAGAAGUUUUCCGCUGUGCACGAGUUUCAGAACUUGCACGCCAUGAACAAGAAUCGCAUUCAGGAGUUUGUCAGAGGACACUUCUACGGCCAUCUUGACUUUGACCUGGACAAGUGCGUGUUCUUGUUCAUCGCUGGAAGAUACGAGUUUUCCAACAAGGGGGCGGACCUUUUCCUGGAGGCUUUAGCUCGGCUCAACUACCUCCUCCGAGUGAACAACAGUGACGUGACUGUGGUAGCCUUCUUCAUCAUGCCAGCUCGAACAAAUAACUUUAACGUGGAGACGCUGAAGGGACAGGCCGUACGGAAGCAGCUCUGGGACACUGCUCAGACUGUGAAAGAACGCUUUGGAAAGAAACUUUACGACUCACUUUUGGUUGGGCAGCUUCCAGACGUGGCCAAAAUGCUGGACAAAGAGGAUUUCACCAUCAUGAAGCGUGCCAUCUUUGCCACCCAGCGGCAGUCUCAGCCUCCAGUCUGCACCCAUAACAUGCUGGAGGACAGCGGAGACCCCAUCCUCAACUGUGUGCGCCGCAUUGGCCUUUUCAACAGCUCCUCUGACCGGGUGAAGAUUAUUUUCCACCCAGAGUUUUUGUCCUCCACUUCCCCUCUACUCCCUAUGGAUUACGAGGACUUUGUUAGAGGCUGCCAUCUCGGAGUUUUUCCUUCAUACUACGAGCCGUGGGGCUACACACCAGCUGAGUGUACCGUCAUGGGAAUCCCGUCCAUCUCCACAAACCUCUCCGGGUUUGGCUGCUUCAUGGAGGAACACAUAGCAGACCCUUCAGCCUAUGGCCUCUACAUCCUGGACCGACGCUUCAGGGGGAUAGACGAGUCGUGUAACCAGCUCACCUCCUUCCUCUUCCAGUUCUGUAAGCAGAGUCGGCGGCAGAGGAUCAUCCAGAGAAACCGCACGGAGCGCCUGAGCGACCUGCUGGACUGGAGAUACCUGGGACGGUAUUAUAUAUCGGCGCGGCACAUGGCACUGGCCAAAGCCUUCCCAGACGCCUUCAUGUAUGAGACUCAGGAUCCUACAUCGACCUCAGGCUUCAAGUACCCACGGCCCGCCUCCGUGCCCCCCUCCCCCUCCAUAUCCCGCCACUCCUCGCCACACCACAGCGAGACUGAGGACAACGACGACGACGAGCGCUACGACGAAGACCUGGAGGCCGAGAAAGACCGGCAGAACAUCCGACAGCCCUACACAUACCCCUUCAAAAACAAACUCGCCCUCGCGCAGGCCGCCAGCAGCAACGCAAACGGCAACGGUGAUAGUAACGCGAGCGAUAAAAGCAGUGAAGUCGGCAGCGCUAAGGGAGAGGCCGAAAACGUCUAA